UGAACGUAUCGCUUUAUUUGCAUCACUUUAUUUGCCUACCGAUUGAAAGGAUGGCUCGUACCAAGCAGACUGCUCGUAAAUCAACUGGUGGAAAGGCUCCACGUAAGCAGUUGGCCACCAAGGCUGCUCGUAAGAGUGCCCCGGCUACCGGUGGAGUGAAGAAACCUCAUCGCUACAGGCCUGGAACUGUCGCUCUUCGUGAAAUCCGAAGAUACCAAAAGAGCACCGAACUGCUGAUCAGAAAGUUGCCAUUCCAACGUCUGGUUCGUGAAAUCGCUCAAGAUUUCAAGACCGAUCUAAGGUUCCAGAGCUCCGCUGUCAUGGCUUUGCAAGAAGCUAGCGAAGCUUACCUCGUUGGUCUUUUUGAAGAUACUAACCUGUGCGCAAUCCAUGCUAAACGUGUUACCAUUAUGCCAAAAGACAUUCAGUUGGCACGCCGUAUUCGAGGAGAGAGAGCCUAAACGAGCCUUCUUUUCUUUUUUCUAUAAACAAUCGGCCCUUUUUAGGGCCAAAA